UCAAAUUAGGAGUAAAAGGGGGUAACUAGUGUGAAUUACAUCGUUUGUAUGUGAUCCAGAGUGACUUGCUGGUGUUGGUGGAAUCUUCUUGGAUCAUUUUCGUUAAUUCCACUAAAAACUCCUCACAAUCCAGUAAAACCAUAAUUAACAAUUAUACUACAUUAUAAAUUGUAAAUUAUAAUAAAUUAUACGAGGAUGGGGAAUAACGGAGAAUAAUUAGGAAAAAUGUAUAGCAAUGAGACGGAACUUGAAAUUUUAAAUAAACUCAAAAAUUCCUUAAAUAUUCCAGAAACUGUUGACACAACUGGUUCAACUUUUGACACAACAACUCAUUCAACUAUUGACACAUCAACUGGUUCAACUAUUGACGCAUCUAACACGUUCGCCAGUGUUAAUUCGAAUAAAAAGCAUGGCGUUGGAUAUAAGAAAACUAAAUUGUCCUCGGCGGAAUUGAAACUGCUGAGCAAAUUCCAAAAACCCAAACCUAACCCAAAGAAAAAGAAAAUUAUUACUAAAAAUGAUAAAACUAAUGAGAAAAAAGAGUUAAAAGAUGAUGUGACAAGAUUAGACUUGAUAUUCAACAAACAAUACCAAUACCAAUAACAGUAGUAAUAGUAAUAACAGUAGUAGGUACCACAGUAGCACUAGGCAUAUAAUUAGAGGUCCAGUUACUCAGCGUACACAGUUAAUUUUCACUUUAUAAUAAUUUUCCGAUUCUUAACAAUGAUUUAUUGAGUGAAUUACGUGGAAAUUUUGAGGUUUUAAGAUUUUUGAAUUUAUUCGAAUUUUGUCCAAAUGGCCCGGACCCAAAAGUGGCAUUUGGUUCCGGAAAAAUUAAAAUUUUUCGACUAUUCAGAAAAUUAAAUUAAACAAUUUUAACACAUUCCUAUUGAUGUUUUAGACAUCAAAAUGCCUAAAAUUCUUUUAAAAAGUUAAUUUUGAGUAUAGAAAAAUUGUUUUAAUUGUGUAACUUGGUACCGUACCUAAUGUACUAUAACUAUAAUUUUAUACCGUUAACUACAA